AUGUCUUUCAUUCCCUUUGCUGUUCUCUCAGGCGUGUUUGCCUCUCUUUCCUCUGUAUUUGCCAAACUCUUUUCAGACCAACGCACAGAACAAUACCAUGAUGCUAUUGUACACUUUAUUACCAACCAAGGACUUCUCGAUGCACUUCCCUUGACCAUCGAUACCAAUGUUUCGCUCUUGAUAUUACGAGGUGUCUGCUUCGGGCUCAUCUUUGUAUGUAACUCACUCAUGUGGACAUUAUUCACCAAAGCACUCAACGCUGCACCAUCGUCAGUACAAACGACUACCGUCAACGGUGCUGUCAACUUUAGCGUCUCGGCUUUAUUGGGAUAUUUGAUAUUCGAUGAACCUCUUGCACUUGGAUGGUGGAUUGGAGCGAGUAUGAUCUUGUCAGGAACCAUUCUUUUAUCGCGAUCAGACAACAAGGUGAAGAGCGAUUAG